CUCCUGUGGCUGGGUUUAUGGUGUUACCGUAGAGUGUUUUAUGUAUUGUCCAUGUCGCCGAUUCAAGUUAUUCUCUGACCUGCAGGAAUCCCGCUUUAUCGAACAGGACUGAGGUAGCUGGAAGAGGGAAAGGUUAGUCUGAGAGAGAGAGAGAAGGGAUGGUGUGGGUGGAGCUGUUGCUGUUGCUGCUGAAAUUGAGUUCAGUGGGUUCAACAAAUGUAGAAAGCGCAUCAACAAAGGAAACUUUCACUUUACCUUCCAAUUGCACAAAAAGAUGUGGUAAUAUCAGCUUCGAGUACCCUUUCGGGAUAGACAAAGGUUGUUAUCGUCAGGGCUUUAAUCUUACUUGCAAGAAAGAUACCGACCAACCUCCAAGGCUCUUCUUGGGUGAUGGAAAACUCGAGGUCACUAGAAUCGAUUUGGAUACUAGGAAAGUGCACGUCAAAACACCCAAUGUCACCAUUGGCGCGGAUGUGAAGUUCAUUAACGUUCCAUUGGUUGAUCUUCACAAUUGGCCUUACUCUUUAACAUCAGCUGAAUUGAUGCUACGUAACACCUAUCUUAUUACUACAUAUAAUGGAUUGCAUGUCUCUGGUUGCAGCGCCAUCGCCACUCUAGUGGAUCCCAUCACUAAUGAAACUUUUGAUACUUGCGCAACUAUAUGCACACCCAAUGGUAACAGGUACUGCACAAUUGAUCUCAUGAGUUGGAACAGGACUUCCCUGGGGAUUCAAUUAACUCGACUCGACCAGAACGAAUUUCUUGUUAACAGCUCCAGCAUCAAAGUCUUUCUUUAUGAUGCAAACAAGUAUUCUAAAGAUGAUCUCAAAGAAGUGACGAACAGAGAAAGCACAGAAGUGGAGGCCGCCCUAUCAUGGUACAUCAAAGACGAUCCUACUUGUGAAGAGGCUGAGAAGAAUAUGAAAUCUUACGCUUGCAUCAGUUCCAAUAGUGACUGCAACGACAUCUUUAAUUAUAACGAAAAGAAUCUUGGGUACUCGUGUCGAUGUUCUUUUAAUUAUCAAGGCAAUCCAUACCUACCCGAUGGCUGUCAAGAAACAUCUUCGACUCUUGUUCCGGUGAAAGGCUGUCUAACGGAAUGUGGGGGUGUUAACGUCUCUUUUCCAUUCGGACUGAAUCAGGGCUGUUACAGAAGCCAGUCAUUUGCUCUAACAUGCAACAAGACGUCCAAUCCUCCCACUCUCCUCUUCCAGGACAAUUACAUAGUGCGCAAUAUAUCGUUGGAAGGACACUUGGAACUCAUGGCGCCAAACAGAGAACCAUACAGUUACAGUUUCUUUUACCGCUCCUACCUUCAAGUUCCGUAUGAAACUCGAACUUUCACUCAAAUUGAGCAGUUGUUUACCUUUAGUUGGGUAAUUGAGUCCCAGAGUUGUGAGAGUGCCAGAAUGAACAUUUCCACCUUCGCAUGUGUCGACGAACACAGCACAUGUCUGAAUACCAAAAGUUCUACCAAAGAUCGUUUGGGAUAUCGCUGCAAAUGCUCUGAAGGUUAUCAAGGAAAUCCAUACCUUAGCAAUGGGUGUCAAGAUAUUGACGAGUGCACAUUUCCUGACAAAUAUGCUUGCGAUGGGAUAUGUAGAAAUAUGAUCGGCAGCUAUAACUGCAUCCAAAAACGGUCUGUUUUAUUAGGUAAGUCCUCUAAACUGUGGCUAAUAUAA